AUGGAUCAUCCGUCUAAGGGAAGUUUUAUAUAUUUUCAAAAAAAUAAAAGCAAUGAAAAACAAAUGAAUUAUAAAUGUGAAGACAGCAUGUAUUCAAAAGGAGAAGACAAGAAAAGUAGAAAAUGGAGUAACCCAGAUAGAGACAUGACAAUAAAGGGAAUAACAGAAAGAACCCAAAUGGAAAAUAAAGGAACCACAUCUGCUUUAAAAGAUCAAGGGGGUAAUAAUAUAUAUAUGAACAGCCCACUGAAAAUUUUAAAAAAAAAUAUGAACACACAUAAAAAAAAAUAUGCUAAAUCAGGAAGAGGUACACCACUUUCUUCUUCCCCUUCAAGUGAAAAAGGUCAAGACUACGGUCAGAAUAUUUUUUCUGAAAAAGGGUCAAAUUCUAAGAUAUCUGGAUUGGAAGAAAAGGCGAAUCGAAGCGGAAGUAAUUAUAGUGGUUAUGGAGAAAGCAUUAAAGAGACCAAUAAAAACACUCAACAAUUUAAGUUAAAAUUUAAUAAAAAUAAAAAAAAUCAGACAAAGGAAGAAAAUAACUUGAACAAUAUUUCGAAAGAUAUAAAAAUACGGAAAAGUAAUAUCCUAGAAUUAAAUAAAUUGUUGAAGGAAAAUUUAAGAAUAGAAGAAGAUUUAAAAAAAAAAAAAAAAGGAAAAGGCAAUAAAGAAGAGGAAGAAGAUGAAGAUGAAGAGGAUGACUAUGAAAAAUUUUAUUAUCAAAAGUGGGGACAUAAAGAUAUAGAUAAAAUAAGAUCAGUAGAACAACCUGAACCAAUGCAAAAGGAAUUAACCAGCCAGGAGGAAGGUUCCAGUGAAAUGAAAAGAGACAGUGGAAAAGACAUAAAGGAAAAGUCGAAAAGAAAAAACAAGGAAAAGAAUAAAGAUAAUAAAGCGAAACAUAAAAGCGAAGAUAGAGAAAAGGAAAAAUUCAUUUUAAAAGCUAAAGGAAAAGAGUUUGACCUCACUGAGCAAGAUGGGGUUGCUAAGAAAAAAGAUCAACAGAUGCCUAACAAUCCUAACUGCAGCGUGAGAAGCAUGCAUAACAAUCUCCCAAACAGAAACAGUAGCAACAGUAACAGCAACAGUAACGACAAUAGAAACAGCAAUAGAAGUGGCAACAGAAACAGCAACAGAAACAGCAACCACUACAGUAACCACAACAACUUGGAAGGUAAGAACAACUCAAAGAACAAGAAAUCAAAAAACAAAAAAGCAGAACCUCCGCAAGGCAAGAAAAAUGAAUCGCCACAGCACAGGAGAAAUGAACUGGGCCAAAGCAAAAAGAACGAACCGAGUCAAAAUAAGAAGAACGAAUCGGGCCAAAGCAAAAAGAACGAACCGAGUCAAAAUAAGAAGAACGAAUCGGGCCAAAAUAAAAAGAACGAAAUGAUGCAUAAUAAAAAAAUGGAAUCGCCACAAAAUCGGAAAAUAGACAUGGGACAAAAUAAAAAGAAUGAAACUACCCAAAACAAGAAGAAUGAAUCCGGACAGAACAGAAAAAACGAAUCUCCUCAAAACAAGAAAAGCGAAUCUGGGAAGAGUACAAAAAAAAAUGAAUCUCUGCAAAAUAGAAAAAACAAGAGGGAAGACUUUGUUACAAUUGCAAAUGCAAAUUGUAUACAAGAUCAAGGAGGAGAUGGUAUACUGAAUAAAAAUGAUUUUAUGAUGGAAGGUAAUAUUAUUCUAAAGAAUAAAAAUAUAGAGAAUUCAUUGAAUUUCUGUGAUCACUAUAGUUAUCAUUACAACAAUAGCAAAAAUGAUAUUACCAAUAUUAACAACACAAGAAAGGGAAUAUUUAAUAAAAGUACCAUAGAUCUUUAUUAUCAUAAUACUGGAGGGGUAGUAGUAGGAGGAGGAUAUAUGAUGGAUGCAAAUAAUAAUAAAAUUUUUAGCUUUAAAAAGGAAUCUAGAAAUGAUAUUAUCAUGAAAUCUGUAAAUGACAAUUUAAAUAAUGCUAGUGGUCUUACAAGUGAUUUUGGUCAUGUGAGUGCAACAGGAUCACUAAUGGGAAGUGGUAGCAUAAAUAAGAAUAGCAAAUUUCACGUGAAUAAAAACUUUACGAAAGCACAUGAAAUAAGCGAUUGUAAUUUUGAGGACAUAAGUAAUGUGUACAACAAAUACAAAAUCCCUUUCGACCCUAUGCCCAUCUCAGAAAGUUUUGACCAUGACACAUGUAAUAAUAAAUAUGCUCAUAAUAAAAGUUUGUUGACUAACAUAAAUAACGAAUUGAAAAAUCUAAAGGACAACAAUCAGAUGAAUAUAAAAAAUAAUAGUAUGAUUAAUAAUAAGAGAAAUACAAAUAUGAAUACAAGUUUAAGUAAUAAAGAAAAUCAGUUGACGAAUAAUAAAGAAAUCGAAGAAAGAUCACAUAGUAGCAUUAUACAUAUUAGUAGCCAUGUGGGAAAGAAAUAUAUAAAUAACAAAAAUUUGCAAAACUUUAACAAUAAACAGAAUUUUUCCAACGAGGGUAUUGAUCGAAGCAUGAAUUCUAAAAUGAACAUGUGUAGCAACAUGGGGGGUGAAAGCAGGAGUACUAUGGGUGGAAAUACACUCGCUGGAAAUCAUCCAGGAUGUAACAAGGUGACAAGUUAUCAUAUGAUAAAUCAUCACAUUGGAUGUAACAGUGUAGGGAGUAAUCUUCUUCGAUGCAGUUUGAGUAGCAGUAAUUUAGAAAGUAAUAACAGUAUUGGUAACACACUGAAGGAUGAAAGCAUAUUAGACAGUAGGACCUACAAUAGAAUGUUAAAUAAUGGUGGUGGCACCACAGUUGGUGGUGCAGUUGGUGCUACAUCUGGUUCUGCUGUUGGUGCUACUACUCUCGGUGUUAUUUCAGGUGUUGGUGGCUCAGGUGGAGGAGGAGGAAGCAUGAAUAUUAUUUUGAGCGAUGAAAGUAGUAAAAGAUUAAACAGCAGUUAUGCAAAUGUAAAAAGUGCCUUAAAUAACAGUAGUAAUAUUUUGAAUAACGGAGAUAAGGUAUACACUGGUGGAGAAGAGGAAAAUAUUAGUGAUAGUAUAACGAAUAUGAAAAAUAUAAAUGGUACACUAUUUUUAACAACAAAAUUGAAUUCAAAUAUGAACGAUGUACUGAAUAAUAAUAACAAUAGAAUGAGUGAUUUAAUGAAUGUUCAUAAUUAUAUGAACAAUGUUUUAAUGUAUGAUAAUGGCAACGGCAUGUAUAAUGGGAAGAUUGGAAAUAUGAAUAAUUAUGUAAGGCAAAAUUUGGCUCACUUCUCAUGUCAAAAUGUGGAAAAUUACACAAGUGCUAAUCUGGAAAAUUUCGAUUCUCCAAAUGUGGAUAGCUACAGUAAUCCAAACAUGGACAAUUACACGAACCCCAACAUGGACAAUUACACGAACCCCAACAUGGACAAUUACACGAAUCCAAACUUGGACAAUUACACUAACCCUAACACGGAUAGUUAUUUGAACCCUGAUUUGGACAGCUAUGGGAAUCCACACAUAGAUAACUAUGGUAAUCAGAUUAUGGACAAUUAUGUGAAUCCGAUUAUGAACUCUUAUGCAAGUCAAACCAUGGAUGAUUAUUCCGUUGGUAAUGUAGAUUGUUAUGCUGCGGGGAAUGUAGAUUGUUAUGCUUCAGGAAAUGUAGACACGUAUGCAGCAGGAAAUGUAGAAACUUUUGCAGCAGGAAAUGUAGAAAAUUAUGCAACAGGAAAUGUAGAAACUUUUGCAGCAGGAAAUGUAGAAAAUUAUGCAUCAGGAAAUGUAGAAAAUUAUGCAACAGGAAAUGUAGAAAAUUAUGCAACAGGAAAUGUAAAUGGUUAUGCGAACGGUCAUAUGGAUAAUUUUGUGAACCCAAUUAUGGAAAAUUACAUAAACCCGAAUGUGGAAACUUUUGGGAAUCCAAACAUGGAUAAUUUUGGAACACAGAAUGUUGGAGGCUUCGUAAAUUCAAAUGUGGAAAAUUUUGGCACGACUAAUAUGGACAGUUUUGCUUCACAUAAUAUAGAUACAUUUUCAUCUCAUAAUAUAGAGAAUUUUGCCGCUCAAAAUAUGGACAAUUUUGUAUCCCACAAUGUGGAUAACUUUGCUUCAUCAAAUGUGGAAAAUUUUGCUUCACCAAAUGUGGAAAACUUUACUUCACCAAAUGUGGAAAAUUUUGCUUCACCAAAUGUGGAAAGCAUUUCACAUGGUUAUAUAAACAAUUUGCCCGUGAACUUUAUAAAUGGAGGAAUGACAAAUCAAUUGAAGAGCAGCAGAGGUACCUCAUCCAUUAAUAAUAUAAACCAUUUUUCAAACGAAAUGGAUGGCACAUCGUCUAACAUUUUAAGCAGUAUUGUAAAAAAAAAUACGAACAUUCUGUUAAGUAGCAUUAAAAAUGAAGGAAUUGGUUCUAAGAGUAACCUAAAUGUGAAUUACAUGAACAAGUCAUUUGAUAAAGCAUCUAAUAUAUUUGUUAAAAAUGGGAUUAGAAGUAGCAGAAAUACGAGUGGAAAUAAAAUAAAAAGAAAUAAAAACAAAGAGGUAGUAGAAAAUAAAAACAUAAAAUAUGAAUUAACAUCAUCACCAGUUAAAGAAAACAAUGGAAAUGUUGUAUAUCAUGACAACAGAAUAAAUGCCAAUUCUGCAACAGAAGAUAUAUCAUCUGUAAGAGGAAAUUUUGCUCAUAAAUAUGAAAGGGCUAUACACAAUAAUAAUAAUGAUGCUGCCGCUAGCGCUUUGGCAACAGCCAUUGCAACUGCUAUCGCUUGUUCCACUAAGGGUGCAGGAAGUAGUGUACAGCAUAUGGAAUCUGUUGAAGAAACAGAAGUUACUAAGAAGAAAGUGAAGAAUGAAAAAAAAAAAAAAAAGAAAAAAAAGAAAACAGAUAUAAAAAAUAUAAAAAUGAAUAUUAACAAAAUAAAUUUGUUAGCGAAAAAGAAGAAAAAAUAUUUAGCAGAAAUUAUUAGAUGUGAAUUAAUAUGGGGACCUGCCAAAAAUAAAGAACCUAUAACACCUGUAGAAAGUUGUGAAUUACAUCCAGUAGUUAUAAUUAAAGAUCAGUAUGGACAUUUGUAUGAUGAUGAUGAAGAUAACGAAAAUAAUCCUAUAGGAAAAACUGUUAAUAUUUUUUAUAGAUGGAGUAGAGGGCCUCCAAGAACGGUUUGUUUUUUUCAUCCACAAAAAAUUGCAUGCUUACAAUGUACUGUUACUUUUAGAUGCUUCUGUUCAUAUGAAUGCUUUAUGAAAGGAUUUGACCAUUUACACAAAUAUUACAGAAGCAAUGGGCUAAUUAAUAUACCAUCACACCCGAAUCUACACACAUAUGGCGUACCAUGUUCUCCAUUUGAUUGGGAAAAUUAUGAGAAAAAUAUCGAAUUUGAUGAAAAGCAUUAUAAUUCAUUGAUACAAUCAGGUUUGAUUAACUCACCAGAUAAAGAGAAGUGGGAAAUUAUUAAUAACGAAAGAAAUUAUAUUCCAUGCAUAAAGGAUGUAGGUCACCAAAUCAUGCUAGAGACAAUGCUAUUGGAUAAGGAUAGCUUAUUAUCAUCUGAAAAUGGAAUGACCAGUUCAGACGAGUGUGAUGAUGAUGAUGAUGAUGAUGAUGACGAUGUUGAUGAUGACGAUGAUGAUGAUGCUGCUGCUGAUGAUGUUGAUGAUGAUAAUGAUGAGAGCCUUCACAGUUGUGGUGAUGCCAAUAAUGGCAGAAUUCAUGAACAUGGUAAUCACACGGAUGAUAUUCGUGACAAUUUUGAAACGAACGGAAAUCAACAUAAGAACGAAUUGCAGAAAGGAGGUGAAUGCAUUGUUUGCUCCUCGGAUGAAAACAACCUACAGAACAACAGCAGAAACCACAACAGCAACAAUGAAAAACAAAUGUCAUAUGUGCGUUAUUCUGAUGUAGAAAAGAACCAAUUCAUUGUUAUGAACUCCAAUCAGGUUAGUACCAUUAAUGAUACUUCUUUACCCACGGGGUUUACAGAUAAAAGUUGUAAUGUGAAUAACAACAAUCUUGUCAAAAUUAACAAUAUCGUGAAUAGGAGAGGUAGUAAGGAAGAAACUGACGUGCCUGAUCAGAACAAUACAAGUAGUAGCACCCAUAAUAUGUACAUUACAAACGCUGAAAGAUCAACGGACACAAAUUUGAAACAUCCAAUACAGAAUAACACCACAUUGAAUUUUCCCAAUAACAUGAGCACCUCAACAUUGAAAGAAGGAAAAAAUAAUGCAGAAGAAGGUUAUACAUUAAAUAGUGUUAUCAAAUACAGUGGAAAUGAUGAAGAGUAUGUUAAGGAUAAGGAAAAGAGAAUCGAUAACAUUGGGAUAUCUUGUGUAAAUGUGGGAUAUGUAAAAUUGAAUAGCGAGGAAAAUAACACAAGCGAAAUGAAUAGUACAUAUAUCCAGAAUUCCACGAAUAGAGUGAACUCUCUGACUAAUAAUAUUUCCAUGGAAAAGAAGGAAGUAAAUUGUAUAAAUGUAAUUGCUAAAGAAAGCAUAGAUACAUAUGAUUCUGAUGAACCCAAGGAACUUGAUUUAAUCGAAUUGAAAACGAAAGAAAAGGAAGUAAACAACUUUAAGAUGCUUGCAAAUGUACAGUCGGCAGAUGCAAGUAAUAUGCAGAACGAUGGGAAUGUAGAACAUGUACAGAUUAAUGAAAAUGACAAAACUGGUACUCAAAGCAGUAGAAAUAGCAAGAACGCAAACUCGAGCCUGAAUUUGGACCCGAACCAGAACUCCUUGGUUAAUGGUCGAAAUGAAUAUGCAACAACCCAGUUAGAAAUGAAAGAGACCCAGAUAAAUCAUUGCACAGAAACGGAACAAAAACAAAAACAAAAUGCACUUGAACAGAAAUCACCAAACAUGUUGAAAAAAAAAAAAAAAAAAAAAAAAAAAAAAAAAAUAUAUAUACUAGAUGAUCAAGUAUGGAAUAGCAUAAAAGAUCCAAAUAUUUAUCACAAAAUUAUUACUGGAUGUUGUAUACCCAACCUGACAGUGGCGCCAAAUUACAGCAUUACAUGUUUCAAAAAUUCGAGUUCCAUCAAUCCGCAUAAUCAGUUUACAAUUAUGACCUGGAAUGUAUUAGCUGAAAUUUAUGGAACAAUAGAAGCUUUCCCACACUGUGAUCCCUACAUGUUAGCAUGGUCCUACAGGAAAACAAAGAUCAUUCAGGAAAUUCUGAAUAAUAGCCCGGAUAUUAUUUGCUUACAGGAAAUUCAGAACGAACACUUCCUGGAUUUCUUCAAGCCAUCAUUAGGUAAAUUUGGAUAUGAAGGAGUAUACAAGCAAAAGACAAAAGAAAUAUUUACAUCACCAUCUGGAAAAAGAAGAGGAGGAAAGUAUACAAUAGACGGGUGUGCAAUAUUUUAUAAUAAAAAAAAAUUAAAAUUUGUUGAAACAUAUGCAUUAGAAUUUAGUAAAUUAAUAAAAGAAGCAUCUGUAUUUACAUUACCAAAAGAAAUUCAAAAAAAUCCUUCAUUAGUUAAGCGAUUAUUGAAAGAUAAUGUAGCUUUGGUUAUACUAUUGGAAUAUAUACAACAGUAUUCAAAAAUAUAUGAUAAUAAGAAUGAAGAAAAAGAAAAUAAAAAAUUAAUUAUAGUAGCUAAUACACAUAUUGUUGCAAACCCAGAAGCAAAUUAUGUAAAAAUUUGGCAGACACAAAUAUUAGUUAAGGUAGUUGAAUAUUUAAAAAUAAAUUUUACAAACAAAUAUGAUACAGUUCCUAGUUUAAUUAUAUGUGGUGAUUUUAAUAGUACUCCAUCAAGUGCUGUCUAUCAACUUAUAUAUAGAAAAACAUGUAGUAGAACUCAUGAAGACUUUAAUUCAGAUAAGUAUAACUUAUUAACAGAUUUACCAUUGGGUCAUAAUUUAAAUUUAAAAUCAGCUUAUGCUAUUUCCAAAUUAUUGGCACAAAAAUUAAACCCAGAGGAUUAUAGUACUAAUAUGGAAAUAUUUGAACCAUUAUUUACAAAUUAUACUGGUAAUUUUAUUGGUUGUUUAGAUUACAUUUUUUAUAAUGAUGAAAAUUUGAAUAUUAUUUCAACUGUCAAUAUUGCUGAUGAAAAUCAAUUGAUGCAGGAGGCUCAUAUAUACCAACUUUCAAAUUGCGCUUUGCCCAGUCCCAUACGACCAUCGGACCAUUUACCCCUCAUUGCUAAGUUUGAAUUUAAGAUUUAUUGA